GAAGAGAUUUCAACUUGCGUUUGACUAGAGAUACAGGCAUCACGUGCGCCAUAUUUAUUAACCACCUGCGCGCUCGCGACAGUCUACAAAACAAAACGCCGCGUAGCGUCGCUCGCGAGACGCGGAUGCAUCGGACGCGUGCGCAGUAAAGGGUUAACAGCCGCGCUGCGGAAAGAAGCUAAACAAUUGCUCGGGUGCGUCGAGUACCGUACUGGGUGUGUCACGAUGUGUGCUAUCACUUUAGCUUUGAUAUGCGCGUUUUUGGAAGCAGUCGCCGCUCAGCGUACCCCAACGAUAUCCUACAUAUCGCAGGAGCAGAUUAAGGAUAUCGGCGAGACGGUGGAGUUACAAUGCUCCGUGCAGUAUGCGCAGGAGUAUCCGAUCUUGUGGAUAAAGGUUAACAAGGAGAACGUUCACGAGCAAGUAGCGCUCUCCACGGGCACUGCACUCAUAAUCAGGGACAGCAGAUUCUCCCUGCGAUAUGAUACAGCGACCACCACGUACAUCUUACAAGUUAAAGAUAUACAAGAGACGGAUGCUGGAUUCUAUCAAUGUAGGCUACAAAUAUCGGUGAACAAUCUUAUAAGUGCAGAAGUAGAAUUGCAAGUUCGCAGACCACCAAUAAUCAGCGACAACUCGACUCAAUCUCUAGUGGUCAGUGAAGGACAAUCGGUCCAACUGGAAUGUUAUGCUAGUGGCUUUCCACUGCCAAGGAUAUCAUGGCGCAGAGAAAACAAUGCCAUUUUGCCAACAGGAGGAUCCACUUACCGUGGCAACAUGUUAAAAAUAUCCACCAUACGAAAGGAGGAUCGUGGAACGUACUACUGUGUUGCUGAGAAUGGCGUUGGACAUGGUACUAGACGCAACAUUAACGUAGAGGUCGAAUUCGCGCCGGUGAUCACAGCACCAAGGCCGCGGCUCGGGCAGGCUUUACAGUAUGACAUGGAUCUGGAGUGUCAUGUGGAAGCGUACCCUCCACCGGCCAUUGUCUGGCUCAAAGACGAAGUUCAAUUGUCAAACAAUCAGCACUACAGUAUAUCGCAUUUCGCAACCGCCGAUGAAUACACUGACACGACAAUUCGAGUUAUCACCAUAGAGAAACGACAGUACGGACAAUACGUGUGCCGUGCGGCCAAUAAACUGGGCACCGCUGAAACCAAGCUCGAGCUCUUCGAAACUAUUAUCCCCGUUUGCCCGCCAGCUUGUGGCCAAGCUCAUUACGGAACUGGCGUAGUUCCAGUUUCUUCGGGACCCUUGGUAGCUCUAGUUUUAUUAAUUGCAAUGACAACAAGAAUUUUCUACACCAAAUAUUAACUAUCCGGGCCUCCAAUGGGCAUCAGCGAGUCGAUGUGAUCACCUGAAAUGGCUCUACGCAACCGUCAGCCUUAUUAUCGUUGCGAUAACGCUGUAAAACCAAAAGCGAAGUUCUAAGAGAGUCUCACGAUUAACCAUUUAAUAAUUGACUCUUUAUAUUUGCAUCACGCAAUUAUUUUUAUAUUUUUUAAUUUUAUUAUUUACUAAAAACGGGACACGUCUUAUCACAUCGAUACCGUAUAAUGUGUGUAUCGUGACAUGUGCCAACAUGGUGCAAUUACCUAAUUUAGAAUUAUUAAUUAUUGGAUUAUAUUUAUGAGUUCUCCAAAUUUUAUUAUAAAUUUUUCCAAAUUUAUGAUAUCUUGACGAUAUCUUUACGAAUUUUAUUCCUUUUUUUUUAUCAAUUCUUACAUGUAUAUAUAGAUAUGCUGUAUAAUUUGUAUUGGAAUCUCUAUAUCGAUCUGUUGUAUACGUUUUCCUACGAAUAUUUAUGACGUGUUUCUCUUCAUAAUAAUAAUAAUAAUAAUAGUAAUAAUAAGUAUGCAUGCUGCUCGAUUUUUACAAUUUCAAUGUUAGGCAACGAAAUUUUAAGUUUACUCGCGUAAACUCCUGCAGAACGAGAUAUCUCUUAACAACUGUUAAGUUGAAUGAUAUUAAACGUUUCUUAACUUAAUUAUUAAAAUGAUGUGAAACGCAGAAUGUAACUUGAUAGAAUAUUCUAGGGAAAACGAUUCUAGGCACAACGAUAUUAACAUGUGAUUCUUAUCCACCUGCCAAACUGAUAUUCUUAUUGAUAUUCUGAUUAUUGCGAGAUACGACGACUCGAAUACACUUACGAAUGUAGGUAACUAACAUACAAUUGUGUGAACAACGUAUAAAUACAUUCCAAUACAUUCGCACGAUAAUGUGGAAGUUUUGUUUUUUGGCACGUGGAUAAUGUGACGAAGACUUCGGCCUCGUACAAUCGACAGACAGAGGGGGAGCAAAGAAUAACGAAACAUAUUUGCGAUAUCAAUUACGAUUACGAUCUUACGGAUAGUUUAUAGUAGUUGCAAGUCGACAAUACGGAUAAAAAUUGUAUAAGAAAAUUUGACGCGGAAUUAUCUGACCCUGUUAACAUUCGGGAUGUCAUGAACAAAGAAAACAAUGUUGAUGUUAGUGCCUUGUUCGUGAUACAAAUUGUAAUUCAUGAUAUUAGAAGUGAAAUUAUAAAUGUGUAUAAUGUUUAGGGGGCAGUACGUACAUAACGUAAAUAGGAUUACAUUUUGUGUGUUUCUAGCGUGUAUUCUUACUUAUCGCUUUUUUUUUAGGGGUCUCUUAAUUCCCUUCUUUUUUUUAACAAAACAAUCAUAUCAAUUAUUAUUAUCAUUAAUUAUAUCCCGAUAAGGGAAUAGAAAAUUAGAAUUUCAAUGGAAAGAUCUGAGAUUUUAUAUACUUUUUACAUGAUUUACAAUUUUAUACUCGCACGCGAAUGUUGUAAUUUGUAUUUUAAUCUGCUAUGAUAUACUGUAAUAUCUCUUAUAAUAGCUAUUUAUACACGUAUUUAUAUACACGUGAGAUAUAAUUAUCUACUGUAAAGUGUACUCUGAUUAUAAUAUCAGUGGUAAAGAUAGAGUUUUAUAAAGGUAUAUGUAGUCCCCUCGUUUAUAUCACACUUACAUUUUAUUACUUGAAAUUUUUGUGCGUGUUUACAUACUCAGCCAAAUUUGUAUGGAGAAUAAGUAAUAAACUUUUAUAAAAAG